GGGCGUACUUUCUGCGUGUCGCCGACUCCAGCUGGGGCCGCUGCCGCCGCCGUCGCCGCCGCCGCCGCCAUGUUGGCUUGAGAGGCGAUGACAGGAGGCGGCUGCGGCGUCUCGAACUGAAAAGUGGCAGCGGAGGAGGAGAGACAGAACUCUGAGAGGAAACAAUCGCCGCGUCUUCCGGGGAGCUCCGCGGGGAGGGGAAGGCGGAGACGGGGAGGCGGUGGCGCGGGAGGCGGGGGAAGACGAGGCGCCCAGAGAGCAGGCGCUGCCGCCGCCGCCGCCGCUGUCUAGAGGCGCCCGCAGCCUGACCCGAGGCGGGGGCUCCCGUCGGGCCGAGCUCGCUUCACGCUCCUCCCGGGGCUCCGCUUCGGCUGCAGACAAGUUCCAUGCCCUUGAGCGCGCGGCGCCGCGGCUCGGCUGUCCUGCCCCGGCGCGCGACCUGAGCCGUUUCCCCGCGCCCUCCGCGCGCUCCUCGGCGGCCCCUCGCGCCGCCCGUGUCGAUGUGUAGCGACAUAGUUAUCUGUGUACUUACACACCGGGCAUUUUCCUCCUGCCUAAUGAGGACUUGACUCGGGAGCGACCGUGAAUCAUCGCCGGGGCAGGGAAAGGAGGAAGGCGGAUUUAACUCCCUCCCACCCGCUCCAUGUCCGUGUGUCACUCGGCGGGGUCCACCUGGCGCGGCCGGUCCUGGGGCUGCUGCUGUUGACGACGACGACGACGACGGGGCUGCUGCUUCUAUCCCGGAGUCUCCGCUGCGCCGGCCAGACCCAGCUUCUGGGGACUGUUCCUCUUGUCGCCUGCACCUCGGCCAGGCGGCACUUGGGUUCCAGAAUAACUUCGUUUUUGGAAAGCACAUCGCGAACCCCUCCAAAUCGUGAAGAUUUCUUUCUGGAGCGUGAAGAUUUCUGCUCUUUUUGUUUGUUGUUGUCUUUUUUUUCCUAACACAUCUGGGUAUCUAUCAAACGGCAAGAUGUCCAGUAAUGUCCCGGCGGAUAUGAUAAAUUUGCGCCUCAUCUUGGUAAGCGGGAAAACAAAAGAAUUCCUGUUUUCUCCUAAUGAUUCUGCUUCAGACAUUGCAAAGCAUGUGUAUGACAAUUGGCCAAUGGACUGGGAAGAAGAACAAGUCAGCAGUCCAAAUAUUCUACGACUUAUUUAUCAAGGACGCUUUCUACAUGGAAAUGUCACAUUAGGAGCGUUAAAACUUCCUUUUGGCAAAACAACAGUGAUGCAUUUGGUGGCCAGAGAGACAUUGCCUGAGCCAAACUCUCAAGGUCAGAGGAAUCGUGAAAAGACUGGAGAGAGUAAUUGUUGUGUAAUCCUGUGAACACUGUCUGCCGUGUCUGCUGAGUGUGCGUGUUGGAGUCGUUGUCUUUCAUGCUGCUGGGACAGAAGACACCCACCAUUGCUUCAGAAACCCCUAGAACAGCCUGCCUGUCGACUCAUGGAACUGAACUAUUACACGAACACUGUCAUCUUUUCUCAUGAAAGUCAAAAGAACCAGGAACGUUUUUCACUAUGAUUUUUUGUUUCUCGUAUUUUUGUUUAUUUGAGCAGUUUUAAAAUACGUUGGUUUUUGAAUGCAGUCAACCUCCAGGGGAAAAGUUAAUAAGUUAUUUUCCAUAGCAGAAACCAUUUUGCUUCCACCAAAAUGUUCAUCACCAGAACUAACAAAUCAAGUGUUCCAAAUACAGUUUGCACUAAAAAAAAAAAAGAUUGACAUGAUUUUGCC